AUGAUUAUAAUCUCACUCAUUAAUCACGUUAAAAAAGCAUUUGAUAUUGACUCAAAUGCUGCCGUUGAUGAUCUUGCCGAAUUUGUGGCACAAGCAUGCUUUUUUGGAAAAACAAUCGAGAUAUUUUAUAAUAUGAACAUCGAUGAUCAUAGUGAAAAAAUGAAAUUAUUUCUUAGAAAAUGUGUUGCCGAACUUGCAACAUUUAUGGAAAAUCAGACAGAGGUUCAACAAGAGUUUGUACUACGAUGCUUCAAAAUGUCAUCAAAAAUCAUAUUAAAUCAGUUGUUGUAA